AAAUUUAUUACAGUUGAUUGCCGCUACUAUACCUCUAACCACACAUGUAAAAACACUUGCUCAGUUUUAACUUUUAAUUGUAGGUCCAUGCGGAUUUAAUUUAUUUUAGAUUUAACUGCUGCUUACGAAUUAUUUAUUUUAUUCUAUUUCGAAAAUAUAAAAUGUCGGACAAAACUCACACCUCUAGGCUAGCUGCUUACAAGAAUGCUGGGCACGGAGUUAAUGACCUUCGCCGAAAACGUGUUGAAUUGAGUGUCACUCUUCGCAAGCAAGCUCGAGAUGAACAGCUACUCAAGAGAAGAGCAAUGUCCCCCGAAGCUGAUGAAGUACAGGAUUCUGAAUAUGUCAUGACACCACGCGAAAUUGUAAAAGGUUUAAAAUCGUCCGACCUGUCCAUCGUAACAGCAUCAGCAAGAGCUGCCCGAAGGAAACUCUCCAAAGAACAGAAUCCACCAAUAAACAUCAUGCUGGAAGUUGGUGUUCUGAAACCGUUGGUUGAUGCGUUACACAGGGAUGACUGUAAUGACUUGCAAUUUGAAGCAGCUUGGGCAAUCACCAACAUCGCAUCUGGCACACAUGAGCACACAAUGGCUGUUGUAGAUAGUGGUGCAAUUCCGCAACUGAUAGCCCUCUUGGCCCAAGGAGGGGCAGUAGGAGAGCAAAGUGCCUGGGCCUUGGGAAACAUAGCUGGCGAUGGUGCACAGACAAGAGACAUUGUACUGUCCCACGGGGCUUUACCUGCCCUAUUGCCCCAUUUGCAAAUAAACAGUCCCACGUCGCAAUUAAGAACAGCUGCUUGGACUUUUAGCAACUUGUGCAGGAAUAAGAACCCAAUAGUAAACUUCGAGGUAGUUUCCCCAGCAUUGCCAUACAUUACUGAAUUGUUAGAAAUAGAUGACCAAGAAGUGCUAGCGGAUACUUGCUGGGCCCUGUCCUACCUAACUGAUGGUCCCAACGAACGUAUUGAGGAGGUUCAAACCACCCCUAAUUUACUCUCCCGUCUGAUGAAUCUGUUGCAGCACAAAUCUCCAGCUGUUAAGACUCCGGCCUUACGAACUGUGGGCAAUAUGCUUACUGGAUCCGAUGAACAGACGGACAGAUGUCUCCAAGCAAAUUGCCUAGAUUAUCUAACCGAGUUGCUACACUCUGGUGUCACGUCAUUAGUGAAAGAAGCUUCUUGGGCGGUGAGCAACGUUCUGGCUGGUACCAGUGAACAGAUUCAACUAGCAAUUGAUAAAGGAAUGCUGAUUCAUCUGGUGCAUGUUCUAGGUGUAAGCGAUAUUAGAUGUCAAAAAGAAGCCGCCUGGGCAAUCACAAACUUAUGUCUGGGUGGAACUCCGAUGCAACUUGAUGCCUUAGUAUCUGCGGGCUUCAUUGAGCCAUAUUGUGCUUUGCUAGACUCUCAGGACCACAGAGCAAUUAUUGUUGUAUUGGAAGGAUUAACAAAUCUUUUGCAGGCUGCUGCUAAAUUUGGUCAAGUGGAACCAUUAUGCAUUCAAUUGGAAGAAAUUACAGCUUUGGACAAAAUUGAGGCACUUCAAGAGCAUGAAAAUGAACAGAUCUACAAGAAGUCCCUUCAUAUUUUGGACACAUACUUCAAUGAUGCCGAAGACCAUAUUGCCCAGCCAGAACAAACGAACGAAGAAUUCCAGUUUGGAAUCAGCUCAAAUCCAAAUAUCAAUUUUUAAGUAUUCCUAGAAUUUUUAUAGAUAGACUAAUUUUUUCUGUUUUUUUUUCAAUUAGCCUAUAAUUUUACUAGAACUUUUGUAGAUAUGAUUCAUUGUUUUAUGUACAGGGCCUAUAAGACUAAUUUUAAAAAUAGACUAAUGGUUUCAGAAAAAAAUCAAAUAAUAAAAAUAUAUUUUAUUUUCUUUAAAUUUUUUUAGAUAAGACUCAUUGUUUUAAGUAUAGGCUAAUAUUUUGUACAAAAACGUCAAAUUAUGAAAAUGUAUUAGAAUAUUUAUGCUUUUAAAGUUUGAGAUCUCAGUUGUCUUGUAUACUUAACUUAAUCAUUCCAUAUAUAUUUGAUAGACUUUUUAAAAAUCCACUUCAAUAUAGUAUUAUUUCUACAUGUGCAAAUAAUGUCCUGUGUUGUGAAUGAGAUAUUUUUAAGAAGUUCUUCAUAAGUGCCUUAAGUACAGAUGAGCUGGUCUCUUAAUAAAAGUUAUUAUCAUGAA